UGAAACCUUGGAGGUACCAUGGCGUUUAGGCCAAGGCCAGAAUCAUCGUGUGAUGCGAUGGCUGUACUUUGUGGGUCUCGUCUUGGUUGUACCUACGGCACCCGUCACAGAACGGGCCCUCUUUCCAGCCUUUCAGGUCAUCCUCACACCUUCCAUCAUGACACGAAAGGCCAAUUACAAGGCACAUCAAACAAUGAUGAGGAUCUACCUGAAAGACGGAAGCGAUCAAGGGAUCAACUGGUUUGUUCUAUUUAUUAAAGUACCGAGAUCUGAACGUCUCAUAUCGUCAUCUGGACUGAUUAUUAACAUCCAAUGUUUCGUUCACACGAUAGUAGUCCCUGCCCUUUCUCACAUCUGUUUGAAAGAUUUCUUCCAGAUUGCCUAAUAAGCAAGACAGCCGAGGACAAUCUAGCGACAUUGCAAUGCAUUUCAUCUCAGGUGAUAUAAGCUGAGAGUACUCUAUAUUUGUUUUUGUUUUUAAUGACGGGAUAUCUUUCGAGGUCAAGAUUGGAUAUUCAUCUAUAGAUUUUACUCGUUGUGUUUUCUUACGGAGUGAAGUUAUUAUUCCGCAGUCUAAAUGUACUGGCCUCUGGGAGCAACAAAACUUCAGGCCUCAACAUAGGCAAAAUAAAUUAUUAAAAUGAUAUUCUAAGAUUUUAAUACUUUAUCUAAGUCAUUUUAUCACUUAGGACCAAGGUCCUAAGUUGUG